CUUAUUGGAAGCCCGAUAAUAAAACGACGGCCGAUAAAAAAAAAAUACUGCACAAAGGAAUAUCUUAUGACGACGACAAUGACGAUUUACAGGCUUGUCGAGUUGUAUACCUGGCUGGCACUAUUUCAAUCGUACAGCGCCCAUAUAGAGCAAAGUCACCCAUCGCACUAUAUGAUAAAAGAGGAAGAUGCCAAGUCAUUUCUAACCGACUCUAGAAUCAGCAAACGGAGUGCCGACCUGUGUGUCAACGAUGAAUAUUACUGUGAAGCUAACAAACCAGAAUGUAGGCUUUACACUGAACGUUCACGGGAGGCAUACUGUAGACCAGAUUCCUGUCCAAUCGGUCAGACAUGCUACAUGUCCACACCCUGUCCGGCACAUUAUAGAACUGGAUGUGACGCAAACGCUUGCCUCGGGAUACCAUGUAAGAAUGGGGGCACGUGCAAAACGGUGGGUACUACGUACACGUGUGCGUGUACAACAGCGUACUACGGAGAGACCUGUGCAUACGUGGAUGAAUGCCACUCCAAUCCGUGUGAAAAUGGAGGGACGUGUACCAGGGUAGGAUCAAACUUCAACUGUGGCUGUACAAACGGACACCAAGGAACCAACUGUCAGCAUCAAAGUCCCUGUUACGGCCAGCCUUGUAAGAAUGGAGCCACGUGCCAGAAUUCAGGAACGACUUAUGUAUGCGCGUGUACAUCCGGAUUCUACGGUGUCGACUGUGAAAGCGUGGAUAGAUGCCUCUCCAAUCCGUGUGAAAACGGAGGGACGUGCAGCAGAAUAGGAUCUAACUUCAACUGUGACUGUACAAACGAACAACAAGGAACCAACUGUCAGCAUCAAAGUCCCUGUUACGGUCAGCCUUGUAAGAACGGAGCCACGUGCCAAUAUGCUGGAACGACCCACACAUGUGCGUGCACAUCCGGAUUUUAUGGUGUCGACUGUGAAAGUGUGGAUAAAUGCCUCUCCAAUCCGUGUGAAAACGGAGGGACGUGUACCAGGGUAGGAUCAAACUUCAACUGUGGCUGUACAAACGAACACCAAGGAACCAACUGUCAACAUCAAAGUCCUUGUUACGGCCAGCCUUGUAAGAAUGGAGCCACGUGCCAGUAUGCUGGAACGACCUACACAUGUGCGUGCACAUCCGGAUUUUACGGUGUCGACUGUGAAAGCGUGGAUAGAUGCCUCUCAAAUCCUUGUGACAACGGAGGGACGUGCAGCAGGAUAGGAUCUAACUUCAACUGUAGCUGCACAAACGAACACCAAGGAACCAACUGUCAGCAUCAAAGUCCCUGCUAUGGCCAGCCUUGUAAGAAUGGGGCCACGUGCCAAUAUGCUGGAACGACCUACACAUGUGCGUGCACAUCCGGCUUCUACGGUGUCGACUGUAAAAAUGUUGACGCCUGCCAAAAAUCUCCUUGCAAAAACGGCGCUACGUGCAACAGGGUUGGAUCGGAUUAUAACUGUUCUUGUACCGACAGAUACAUCGGGUCAAGUUGUAUCGAAGAUUGUAGACCCGGACCAGCUGAUAUAAUCAUCGUACUAGAUUCCUCAACUAGCGCACACAUCGUGUUUAACAAGUCUAAAUCGUUUGCUGACUCAGUUGUUAAAGGAUUGUCAAUAGACGCUGGUGACUUCCGAAUCGCAAUGCUGACGUAUUCAGCUGAUGUCCAUCUUGAGUUUGGGUUUAACACACAUACGAACAAGACAUCCAUGCUUACUGCUAUAGACGAUAUAUCUAGUAGUUCUGGCGCAUCCUACCUUCAUAAAGCUCUGGGGAAUGCAAGUGAGAUGUUUCUUUCUGAAUCUUUAACCGGAGUGAAACAAUAUGUCAUCAUAAUAUCAGACGGACUCUCCACUCGCCGACAAAAAAACAUAGUGGAAACACGGUUGUUGAGGGCGCGGGGUGUUAAGGUUCUGUGUGUGGGGAUAGGAAGUCAGGUAGCCCAGGAGGAACUGCUCCAGAUAGCUACAGCUACUCCGUACGUCUUCUCACCCAGUAACGACGAUGUCCUCAAUGUCAUUCUUAUGGAGACAGCGAAUACGAAUUGUACAGAUUGCCUGAUCAAUAAGGUCUCCGACAUUGUGUUGUUGGUAUAUGUAUCUAAAUACCAGUCAGCUCAGCUACAGAGGACAUUGGACACCGUCAAAUUCUUCAUACAGCAGGUCCGGGCGUAUUUCUCCUACACACGGAUAGCGAUGGUUACAUUCGAUGUCCGUCAACAUGUGAAAUUUGGACUGUCUGACGAUCAAGACACUGACGGUAUACUUGUCAAAAGUCAGAUAGGCAUUACUACGUACGAUCGGGAGUCUGACGUCAAAGCAGCGUUAGCGUUUGUUCGUACUUCUGUAUUAAGUGGUGCUCGAGGAACCAGCCGAAAGUUUGUGGUGGUGUUCUCUAAUGAAGGCUGGACAGACGUGGAUGGUAUUAUACGUGAGAGACAGGCCCUUAACAUGGACAAUGUCACUGUGGCCUUUGUUCCUGUAGGACUCUCAGCCGAGCUUGAUACCGUGUAUUCUGUCGCCGACCAAGCAAGCGACGUGUACUACAUCGGAAAUGAUGAGGAGGAUCACGACGAGGACAGACUAAAGGCCCUGAUAGCUCAGACGUCUCACGUGGAAUGUGUUAAUGAUUUGUUUGAAAAAAGACAGCGAGCGUUCAACACUAAAGUAGAAAGAGAGGUAUUGCUUGGAAGCAGAGAGAUAUAUAAAGAUCCAUUAACUGUUAUUUAUAUUUAUUCCAGGAUAAGUGAGAUGAAGAUGUCGGGGCUUGUUGCUUUGUAUAUAUGGCUGGCGCUGUUAGGAUUCUGCAGCUCCCAUAAAGAUCCAACCCACUUAUCCCACUAUCUGAUACAAGAGGAGGCUGCCAAAUCGUUCCUAGCCGGUUAUAGAAUCAACAAGAGGAGUGCUGACCUCUGUGUUGGCAGUGAACCUUAUUGUGAGAACCACAAAUCAGAAUGCUUGCUGUACACUAAAAGCUCACGUGAGAAAUAUUGUAAACCCAAUUCGUGUCCAAACGGUCUGACGUGCUACAUGGCCACACCCUGUCCGGCACACUAUACGAUCGGAUGCAUCGGAAAUGCUUGCCUAGGAUUACCAUGUCAGAACGGUGGCACUUGCAAACCAGAUCACGCGACGUACACGUGUCUAUGUACUACAUCUUACUACGGACAUAACUGUGAAUACGUUGACGCCUGUCAUAGUUCUCCUUGCAAAAACGGCGCUACGUGCAACAGAGUUGGAUCGGACUAUAACUGUUCGUGUACCGACAGAUACAUCGGGUCAAGUUGUACUAAAGAUUGUAGACCCGGACCAGCAACUAUAAUCAUCGUAGUGGACUCCUCAACUAGCGAAAAAAAUGCGUUUAACGCGUCCAAAACAUUUGCUGCAUCAUUUGUUGAAGGAUUGUCAAUAGACGCUGGUGACUUCCGAAUCGCAAUGCUGACGUAUUCAGUUGAUGUCUAUCUUGAGUUUGGGUUUAACAAGCAUACGAAUAAAACGUCUAUGCUAACAGCUAUAGCCAAUAUCUCAAAUGUUGUUGGCCCAUCUUAUCUGCAUAGAGCUCUGAGGAAGGCACGGGAGAUUCUACUUUCUGAUUCCCGAUUCGGAGUGAAACAAUAUAUCCUCCUUCUAUCAGACGGGCUUUCUACUUAUCGACAAGAAGCCGUACAGCAGUCACGAACUUUGAGGGCGCGGGGUGUUAAGGUUCUGUGUGUGGGGAUAGGAAGUCAGGUAGCCCAGGAGGAACUGCUUCAGAUAGCUACAGAUACUCCGUACGUCUUUUCUCCUAGUAACGACGAUGUCCUCAAUGUCAUUCUUAUGGAGACAGUGGAUACGAAUUGUACAGAUUGCCUGAUCAAUAAGGUCUCCGACAUUGUGUUGUUGGUAGAUGUAUCUAAAUACCAGUCAGCUCAGCUACAGAGGACAUUGGACAUCGUUAGGUUCUUCAUACAUCAGGUCCGGACGUAUUUCUCCGAUACACGGAUAGCGAUGGUCACGUUCGAUGGCCGUCAACAUGUGAAGUUUGGCCUGACUGACGAUCAAGAAACUGACGGUAUACUUGUCAAGAGUCAGAUAGGCAUUACUACGUACGAUCGGGAGUCUGACGUCAAAGCAGCGUUAGCGUUUGUUCGUACUUCUGUAUUAAGUGGUGCUCGAGGAACGAGCCGAAAUUUUGUGGUGGUGUUCUCUAAUGAAGAAUGGACAGACGUGGAUGGCAUUGUACGUGAGAGACAGGCCCUGAAUAUGGACAAUGUCACUGUGGCCUUUGUUCCUGUGGGACUCCCAGCCGAGCUUGAUACCGUGUAUUCUGUCGCCUACCAAGAAAGCGACGUAUACUACGUCGGAAAUAACGUGGAGGAUCACGAUGAGGAGAGACUGAAGGCCCUGAUAGCUCAGACGUCUCACGUGGAAUGUGUUAAUGAUUUGUUUGAUAAACGACAGUGAAUGGUGCUGAAUAGAUGUUAGAUUGUCAACAUACUGCACGAAACGUUCUGUGAAGAAGACCUUUAUAUAAACCACAAAACAAUAUGAAGCAUCAAGUUGAGUGUACAUACGUUUUCGGAUAA